UCGUCACUGUCUAUUGCGGUUCUCCCUGAUGGAACGGAAACAGACAACAUUUCCGACUCAUUCAUGCGCACUGGUUGCAUGGCCGCGUUCGAUUCGUUUGACCAUUUCACUCAAUACUCGGAUGAAAUUUUGGACCUGCUAGAGGACUUCUCAUCGCCUGCGUUUGUCAAUCCUAAGGUACUGGAAGCGGUGGAAGCCGGAGAUUCGGACCGUCGUAUGAGUACGUCAAUCAAUGUUUCGAUUUCCGACCCGGUGGCACGGGCUGUGGAAAGUGAUGGAAUUGCCGCACACCCAGCGGAAGCCAUGCACAUCCUAAGCAUUGCUGUUCGUGACAUGGGCGAUAUGGAUGAUUUACAGAUGGAGCAGGUAUUUGGAUCGUUCUGCGCUCAACAUCGUGAAGAGCUGCUCACCCGCAGAGUUAGGCGGAUUACAUUUGCCGCACUCAAGAAACGUCAAUUCCCAAAAUUCUUCACCUACCGAGCACGAGACAACUUUGAGGAGGAUCGUAUCUAUCGUCACCUGGAGCCGGCAUGUGCCUUCCAGCUGGAGCUGAACCGUAUGCGAACGUACGACCUGGAGGCUCUGCCAACUGCCAAUCAAAAGAUGCACCUAUAUCUUGGUCGUGCCAAGGUAGCCAAGGGUCAGGAAGUGACAGAUUUCCGUUUCUUCAUACGUUCCAUUAUUCGUCACUCGGAUUUGAUAACCAAAGAGGCUUCAUUCGAGUACCUUCAGAACGAAGGUGAACGCGUGCUAUUGGAAGCGAUGGAUGAGCUGGAAGUGGCCUUCUCGCAUCCCCACGCCAAACGUACGGAUUGUAAUCACAUUUUCCUAAACUUUGUUCCAACGGUUAUAAUGGAUCCGGCCAAGAUCGAGGAGUCCGUGACCAAGAUGGUGAUGCGGUAUGGGCCUCGGUUGUGGAAACUGCGGGUACUGCAAGCUGAGCUGAAGAUGGUUAUCCGGCAGACGACACAAUCGCCAACUACCUCCGUUCGUUUGUGCAUAGCAAACGAUUCCGGUUACUUUUUAGAUAUAGCAAUGUACACCGAAGUGACCGAUCCGGAGACGCACGUGAUCAAAUUCCAAGCAUACGGUAACAGGCAAGGACCCCUGCAUGGAUUGCCGAUUUCUUCGGCCUACAUGACCAAAGAUUACCUACAACAGAAACGCUUCCAGGCUCAAUCCAAUGGUACUACCUAUGUGUACGAUAUUCCGGAUAUGUUCCGCCAAAUGACGGAACGAUUGUGGAAGGAAUUUUCCAAAGCGCGACCAACGGAAGAUAUUAGGAUUCCCGAGAAAAUUCUACUCGUGUGCAACGAGUUGGUGCUGAAGGGUGAUACGUUGGAGGAGAUUCAACGGUUACCGGGAGAGAACAACGUUGGGAUGGUGGCAUGGAGGAUUGUACUGGCUACUCCAGAGUUCCCUGACGGGCGAGAGAUUGUAGUCAUCGCUAACGACCUAACCUAUUUCAUCGGAUCCUUUGGACCUCAGGAGGAUAUGCUAUUCUGUAAGGCGUCGGAACUGUCUCGGAAGCGCAAGUGCCCUAGGAUUUACAUUUCGGUUAACAGUGGUGCCCGUAUCGGAUUGGCCGAGGAAGUGAAAUCCUUGUUCAAAGUGGCCUGGGAAGAUCCCGACGAGCCGGAGAAGGGAUUCAAGUAUCUGUACUUGACGACUGAAGACUACAGCAAGAUUGCAAAUACGAAUUCGGUUCGUGCCAUUUUGAUUGAGGACGAAGGAGAGCCGCGAUAUAAAAUCACUGAUAUUAUUGGCAAAACCGAUGGGCUCGGUGUGGAGAAUCUGCGUUAUGCUGGUAUGAUUGCCGGUGAAACUUCGCGAGCGUAUGAAGAUGUGGUAACGAUUUCGAUGGUGACCUGUAGAACGAUCGGUAUCGGUUCCUAUUUGGUACGUCUUGGUCAACGUGUGAUACAAAUUGAAAAUUCUCACAUUAUUCUGACUGGCUUCGCCGCGCUGAACAAACUAUUGGGUAGAAAAGUGUACGCUUCUAAUAACCAGUUGGGUGGUAUUCAAAUCAUGCACAACAACGGUGUCACGCACAAGACCGAGGCAAUAGAUUUGGACGGUGUCUACACGAUAUUGUAUUGGCUCUCUUACAUUCCGGAUGUGCGUGGAGGAACGCUGCCAAUCGUAACGACCAGUGACUCAAUUAACCGACCAAUCGAUUUCAUGCCAACUAAGGCGCCCUAUGAUCCGCGGUGGAUGCUAGCAGGACGUGUCAAUCCGUCCAAUCCCUCUGAAUGGGAAAGCGGUUUCUUUGAUCGGGGAAGCUGGUCGGAAGUGAUGGAACCAUGGGCUCAAACGGUUGUUGUGGGUCGUGCCAAACUUGGUGGCAUCCCGGUGGGUGUGAUUGCGGUAGAAACUCGAACAGUCGAGCUGACCAUUCCGGCUGAUCCGGCAAACCUUGACUCGGAAGCCAAAACAUUCCAACAAGCCGGUCAGGUAUGGUUCCCGGACUCAUCCUACAAAACGGCACAAGUAAUCAAAGACUUUGGACGAGAGGAACUGCCACUGAUUAUCCUGGCCAACUGGAGAGGGUUCUCCGGUGGACAGAAAGAUAUGUACGAACAAAUCGUUAAAUUCGGUGCCUACAUAGUUGACGGGCUGAGGGAGUACAAACAACCGGUCAUCGUCUAUCUACCACCGAAUGCGGAACUUCGUGGAGGAGCCUGGGCUGUGUUGGAUCCGACCAUCAAUCCACGGUACAUGGAAACCUAUGCCGAUCCGGAAUCUCGUGCGGGAGUGCUAGAGCCUGAGGGUAUUGUCGAAGUCAAAUUUAAGGAAAAAGACCUGGUCAAGGCCAUUCAGCGGUUAGAUCCGGUGACGUUGAAUGUAUGUCCUACCAACAAAUUCGUCCGCGUUCCAGUCUAAAAGCAGUAAAAUCAUCGUCUAUCUACCACCGAAUGCGGAACUUCGUGGAGGAGCCUGGGCUGUGUUGGAUCCGACCAUCAAUCCACGGUACAUGGAAACCUAUGCCGAUCCGGAAUCUCGUGCGGGAGUGCUAGAGCCUGAGGGUAUUGUCGAAGUCAAAUUUAAGGAAAAAGACCUGGUCAAGGCCAUUCAGCGGUUAGAUCCGGUGACGUUGAAUGUAUGUCCUACCAACAAAUUCGUCCGCGUUCC